AUGGACAGUUAUUUCAUCAGGUUUUUGUUUGCAAUAUCAGUGUGGUUUUUGCAUUUCCAAGUAUCCAUUCUUGGAUUCAUCUCUCAAUCACAGAACUCACACGUUACAUGCAUUGCGAGGGAAAGACGAGCACUUCUCAACGUCAAACAGAGCCUCCGAGAUGACUAUGGCAUACUGUCUACAUGGAGGUAUGAUGAGAAUAAUGAAGAUUGCUGCAAAUGGAGAGGCGUAGAAUGCGACAAUGAAACAGGUCAUGUACUUAUGCUUCAGCUGCAACAUUUGAGCGGUUUCUUUAACCUCGCUUCAUUGAUUGAAUUGCAAAACAUUCAACAUUUGGAUGUCACCUUCUGUGAUUUCAGUAACAGUCAGAUACCUGAAAACAUGGGCUCCUUCAAAAACUUGAGAUAUCUCAAUCUAUCAUGGUCAACUUUUGCUGCUAGUAUUCCUCAUUCUCUGGGAAAUCUCUCAAAGUUGGAGUAUUUUGAUCUACGAUGCAGUUAUGGUAUUAGUGGAGAAAUCCCCUCUGAACUAGGGAAUCUUGUAAGUUUACGAUAUCUAGAUCUAAGUGACAAUGACUUCCGUGGAGAAAUUCCUGGUCAACUUAGAAAUCUCACCCAAUUGAGGUAUCUUGAUCUUUGGGAGAUUGGACUUUCUGGAGAAAUACCGUUCCGGGUUGGGAAUCUUCCUUUCUUGCAAACUCUUAGACUUGGAGGUGAUUUUGAUCUAUCAACUAAGGAUGCAAAAUGGCUAUCUUCUCUCUCUUCGUUAGAUACUCUUGGCCUAGAUUCAUUGCCUCUUAGCUCCUCUCAUUACUGGCUAAAAUCGAUUCGAGAGCUUGUUCCUAACUUAAGAGAGUUGAAGUUAGUUUCUUGUAGUCUUUCAGAUCAUAAUAUUUCAUCUUUGUUUCAUUUUCAUUCCAACCUUUCUACUUCUCUUUCCUUCCUUGAUCUCUAUAAUAAUAUGCUGACAUCAUCAACAUUUUCAUUGUUGUUCAACCUUCAUUACCUUAUGAUCCUUGAUCUCUCCGAAAACAAUAUGACAUCAUCGAUAUUUCAAGGAAAUUUAAACUUCAGCUCUAAACUACGAGAACUUUAUCUAUCAAAUUGCGGCCUUACUGAUAAAAGUUUUCUUGUGCCAUCCGCUUCAACAUGUUUUACAUCUUUGAGCUAUUUAGAUCUUUCCAAUAAUCAGUUAUGUGGAGAAAUACCGAAAAACAUUGGGUUGCCACAAGAAUUGGUAUAUCUUCACCUAGAGGAGAAUUACUUAGCGGGUGAUAUCACUGAAUUGCAUCUAACAAAUUUGUCAAAAUUGGAGGUGUUAGACUUGACAGACAACUCAUUGUCUCUGAAGUUUUCUAAUACUUGGAUUCCCCCUUUUCAAUUGUUUAGAUUGGGACUAGGUUCUUGCAAACUGGGUCCUAGUUUCCCGAGUUGGCUCCAAACUCAAAAUCGCUUAGAGUUUCUGGACAUUUCUCAUGGUGAGAUUAAUGACUUUGUACCAGAAUGGUUUUGGAAUAAGUUACGGUUUAUAAGUCGGCUCAACAUGUCUCACAACAAUCUUAAAGGUACGAUCCCAAAUUUACCAAUCAAGCUUACUGAUGAUAUUGGAACAUUUAUAUUUCUUAGUUUAAAUCAACUUGAUGGUGAAAUUCCUGCUUUUUUAUCCCAAGCUAACACAUUGGAUCUAUCCGGCAAUAAGAUUUCAGAUUUAAGCAUGUUCUUGUGCAUAAAAAGCACGACCAAAUCAAUGCAAACUCUGGAUUUAUCAAAUAAUCAAAUAACGGGACAGCUACCCAAUUGUUGGGAACAUUUAAAAGGUUCAUUAAAAUUUCUCAAUCUCAAAAAUAAUAAAUUGUCAGGAAGGAUUCCACAUUCUAUGGGUACUUUGGUUAAUUUGGAAGCUUUGGUCCUACGAAACAACAGUUUGAUCGGAGAACUACCGUUCACAUUGAAAAACUGCACUAGAUUAGCUGUAUUAGAUGUGGGGGAAAAUUUGUUGUCCGGUGCAAUACCUUCAUGGAUCGGCGAAAAUAUGCAAAAAUUGAAUAUUUUGAGCUUACGAUCAAAUAACUUUUCUGGAAGUGUUCCAGAUCAGAUCUGCUAUUUGAGGCAAAUUCGCCUGUUGGAUCUUUCAAUGAACCACUUGUCAAGAGGAAUUCCAACGUGUCUGAGAAAUUUGACUGCAAUGAUGGGAAGGGGAGUAGUUGAAUUUGGAACAGAAAAGUUAUACAGAAUGUCAUCUAGAUUUAUUACCUAUGAAAAGGAAGAAACUAACGUGUUAUUUAUGUGGAAAGGUCAGGAUCAUGAAUUUCGGAAUGCUGAGUAUCUUCUGAAGAGCAUUGAUAUCUCAAGUAAUGAAUUGACAGGAGAAAUACCAAAAGAGUUAAGGUAUUUACUUGGAUUAGUUUCUGUGAAUUUAUCAAGAAACAACUUGAGCAGAGAAAUCCCUCGCGAGAUUGGAAAUUUAGAUUCACUAGAAUUUCUUGACUUAUCAAGAAAUGAGUUAUCUGGCAGAAUUCCCUCUACUCUUGCCAAUAUUGAUCGUCUUACAGUCUUAGACUUAUCAAACAACAAUCUGAGUGGAAGAAUCCCUUGGGGAAGGCAGUUGCAAACCUUUGAAGCCUCUAGUUUUGAAGGAAAUAUUGGUCUUUGUGGUCAACAACUUAACAGAAGUUGUCCCGAAGAUAAGACAGCAAAACAGACUCAAGGAGAAGCAGUUGACAGUGAAAAUGACAAUUCAGAUAUCCAUGGAGGAUUAUACAUGAGCUUGGGACUGGGGUUCUUCACAGGCUUUUGGGGUUUACUAGCACCAAUUUUACUUUGGAGACCGUGGAGAUUUACUUACAUCACAUUCUUGAAUAGACUGGUGGAAUAUAUACUUCUAAUGGUUGAAGUGAACGUUGGGAAGUGUCACCGGUGGCUGGAAGGCUAG